AUAAAUGCACAAUGCAGUGAACGAGUUAGCAGAAACCAUAAUGGCUCGUUUUAAUAAAGUUGCCACUCUCUUUGUGCUGUUGGCGCUGCUAGCCGUCACUUGGGCACAAACGCCUCAAGAUGACGCUCCUCCGGAAUGGACCACCUGUGACAUAUUGGGGCCGAAGAUAUCGUGCCAGGACUGCAACACCAGGCUGAUCUGCAAGCCAGUAGGUGGACUGCUCAAACCCUGCAACAACCCCUACAGACCACACUGCAAUAAUGGCAUCUGUUCUGCUGUACCUAGCCCCGACUGCGCGGUGUAGAAAUUGAGAAAGAAUUCAGGGAUUUCGGGAAGAAUUAUAAAUUGGUCUAGAAAUAAAUAAGAAUUCUAAAUGGUCUAAAUGGUCCAGAUUUUUUAAAUUGAAUUGAUUGUAUUCUAAAAUUCUUCGAGUAAAUUGUAUUUUUUUUUUUAUCUUUUAAUAAUAUAAUUUUGUCAAAAUA